CUGAUCGCAACAUUUUUAAAACAUUUGUUAGAUGUAGUGUUUCACAUUUUCGUGGUGACCAUUAGCUAGUACUCUUUGAUUGUAUAGGCAGAUUUAAUGGUAGCAUAUCCAACUUUUCUUUUUUUGUUCGUCCAUAUCUCUACAAUUAUAUAAGCAUGAAUAUUGUUAGGGGCAUAAUAUUCUUAGGAAAAAUGUUGGUGUCUCUUUGUGCAUUGGCCGAAUGUACUCUAUGUAUAUUUACUCCAAGCUUGUAGCUGUGAUGGCAGAGUAAAAGGUGACGGAGGUCAGAUUUGCCGUUAAACCCAUUUCCUUCGUAAAGCUCGAGCAUGUGGGAGCCUUCUCACAUUCGUGAUUAAUAAACCUUCUUUUACUCUUUUUUUCAUUCACAAACUCUUCCACCUAGCCAAUGGCAUCAUGCCUCCCGACGCCUAUAGAGCUGCCAAACCGUCCGCCUCUGCCGCCGACAGUGGCGACGUAAAGCUCGGCCCUGCCCCCCUUUUCGUUCCUGGUAUCAGCUCGGUAAAAUUUCCAGCUUUUGAGAUUUCUUAAUCGAGCUUUGAAUUUCAUUUCUCCGACUGAUGAGCUUUGAGCUUUGAAGUAUAUGUAUCAGGUUCUGCAUCCAAGGAACCCUUUUGCUCCAACUCUGCAUUUCAAUUAUAGGUAUUUUGAAACGGAUGCUCCAAAAGGAAGCAGGGGCGGACCGUGUAGUGUUCAAGGGUGCGUUCAAAUUCCAUAAGCCCAAACCUCCGUUUCCACAUCAAAUGAUAGGUCUUUCUGAAAAUUUUCCUAAAAUCUCAAAUCGUGGAUUAUCCUUCUCAACUUCUAGAGGCCAGAUUCAAGAACAUCGCGACCUGCGACUCUGCUGGUCUGCUAAGCGGUUGUCUUUCCUUCCGUUAGUCAGAUUGUCACAAAGGCCACAACCAAGCUCCAUUUCUCCUGCUCAGACGGCUAGACCUCCAUGCCCCAAUAUUGGGAUUCUCCGUUUCUGUGUUCCUCCAGGUUCAAAUUGAACUUGAUACUGAAUCUUCGAAGAGGUUACAUGUAGUGUUUACUUCCUAGCUAGCUUUGGUGGAAUUGGUACAUAAAGUAGUUUUUAUUAAUCCUUAGUGAUGUUUACUGGUGCAUUGGGUGUUUCUUAUGUUUCUAAAUUAUGUGUACAUUUAGUUGGAUGAAUAAAAAUAAGAACAAAAAACCUCUUUUGUCAUUGCCAUCAUUCGAGGCCUAUUCGAUUAUGAUUUUAUCCAUUUCUUGAAACUUGAAAGAGGACAGUUGCAAGAAGUUGUUCCUGUUUAUGGAUGCUA